AUGGACAUUCUGCUACCAGAAAAAUGCAACUGGACCUUUGUUAUGGCAGAUAUUGACCAGCCUAAACUAGGUGCUGAUUUCCAGGCAAAGCAUGCAUUGCCCAUGGAGUUACACAAGUCACACCUUGUCCAUUAUACCAAUGGAUGGGUUAUCUUGGGAAUACAAGGACAUCUGCCCUCUCAUGCAUGCCCAAGAGUAGACAACCUCAGCGUGCCCACCUGGGAGGACACCAUAGCAAUGAAGGAGUCUGACCUGCAGAUGGCCCAAAUAACAUCUGUUGAUGUUACAACAACAGGCUCCCACUGUUUCAACCACAAAGGCAACACUCAAGCCACGACAUGGAACAAGAAAGAACAGGCUGAUCCUCGUACUAAUCAGCAGCCUCUGAGAAGUGCUAUACAUGUGCUAUUCUUACGAGAACAUAACCGAAUAGCAAAAAUUCUUGCUAAGUUAAAUCGUCACUGGAAAGAUGAACAACUCUAUCAACAAGCAAGGCGGAUUCUGAUUGCUAUUUUCCAACACAUCACAUAUGAAGAAAUGUUGCCAAUUUUGAUAGGAAAACACGCAUUUAAAGAGCACUUCCAUGCAUACAAAUAUAAUAAAAAAUUGUGUCCUGGCACAUUUGUCGAAUUUACCACUGUGGCAUUCAGGUAUCUUCACACAAUUGCACAUGGAAUUCUAAGGUUAAUGACAGCAGGUCGUGAAAUCAAUAAAGAGCUUGUGCUCAGUGACUUCUAUAACAGACCAACAAUAGUAACUAAGGAAUUUGAUGAAAUUCUAAUUGGAGCAGUCUCUCAAGAAUGUCGCAAAGAUGAUGAAAAUUUUGACAAAGAGAUAGCUCAUGAACUGUUCAGGGCAAAUAGAACUACAUUUGGCUUAAGUCUUCCUGCUAUUGAUAUACAGAGAGCCAGAGAUCAUGGUGUGCCUUCCUACAAUGAGCUUCGUAAAUUGUGCGGACUUCCAAAAGCACUUGAUUUUGAUGACCUCUCUGACACUAUGUCUCAUACAUCAAUUAAAAAAUUGAGGAGUGCUUAUAAACAUGUAAAUGAUAUAGAUCCACUAGUUGGAGGAACAAUGGAAGAAGGAAUGCCUGGUGCGAUUAUGGGGCCCACAUUUGUGUGCCUUGUAACCAAACAGUUCCUUUUAACACAGAGGUCAGACAGAUUUUUCUACCUCAACAGAGAUCAAGAACAGCCAUUCAGUCCAGUAUCUCAGCAUUAA